GUUUUCACGAUACUCACAAUUCCUUCCUAUUGUAUAAAACAUUUACUCUUCAGAUAACAAUAAGGGCUUCAUCUCAUUAGUUUAGAAAAGCAUUCCAUCAUGUCGCGAAUGCCAGGUGCAUGCGCGUCAAUACUCAUUGUAUUCAUGGCUUUGCUGGUUUCUGCCAUACUCUACGGCAAUAACACUGUAGAACAAUUUCACCUUCACCAAGACAAACAAACUACUCUACAAGCACACCGGCAACCUCAACAAUGCGCCAACCCUUCAGGAUUGAUCGGCGAUUCAUCAUGUUGCGCCUAUGAAACAGUAGAGAAGCUCAAUAUAGACUUUUCGAAAAAAUUGCAUGAGCUGGUCAACAUGCCAUUCUUCAGAUACUUCAAGGUAAAUUUAUACAAGGAAUGUCCGUUCUGGGACAAUGCAGGGCUUUGCAUGAACGAAGAUUGCUCUGUUGAAAGGAUGGAUAAGGAAAAAGUUCCCGAGAAAUGGAAAAACAGUCAUCAUGAUUUGGGGAAAGUCUCUAUUCCAGCAAACCCACUUUUUGGUUCUUUACCUCCUCGACCGCUGAUAAAAGAGCAGGAUUUUUGCGUUCCUGACGCUGACGCAGAUGAGGAAGUGUACGUAGAUCUUAAGGACAACCCGGAGCGAUUCACUGGAUACUCCGGACCCUCUGCGGCCAAGGUCUGGAGAGCAAUUUAUGAGGAAAAUUGCUUUGACGUCGCGCAGGAGAUGACUGCAGGGUGCCAUUAUUGUGAAUCAGAGCGAGCCAAGCUUAAAAACCAACAACAACCCAAGAAUAAUGGUCAAAGCCAUGACCAAAAUAUACUAGUCCCACCGGAACCUGCGCCUAUGAAAUCAGAAAAACCAACGAAGAAGAAGAUGGAUGAUAUUUUCUCAAGGCUUCCAAAGGACAGUAACGAACUACAAGGAUUGGUUCAAGGGAUUGCGCAGGAUAGCAAUGGCGAAGAGUCAUGUCUAGAGAAGCGAGUGUACUACCGCUUGAUCUCUGGACUACAUGCCUCUAUUUCAAUUCAUAUCUGUGAUGAAUGGUUCAACCAAACGACUGGAGAAUGGGGCCCCAAUUUAGACUGCUUCAUUUCCCGUGUAGGUGUGCACCCUGAGCGCUUAGAAAACAUCUAUUUUGACUACGUAGUGCUUCUACGAGCCGUGUCCAAGAUCUCCGAUUUCUUGACUGGCUAUGAAUUUUGCACAGGUGACGAAGCAUUGGAUAAGAAUAUAAGAACAUCAGUAGAUGAGCUUGUGAGUCUGGUCAAGAAAUGCCCUCCUACGUUUGACGAAAAGCUACUUUUCCAAGAGCAAAAAGGAGCCGUUGGACAGACUAGGAUGCUGAAGAACCAGUUCAGAAACCACUUCAGAAACGUAACCAGGAUCAUGGACUGUGUUGGAUGUGAGAAGUGCAGGUUGUGGGGCAAAAUACAAACAACAGGACUCGGAACUGCCCUCAAAAUUCUCUUUUCGUAUGAUGAUGCUUCUCUAAAACGGAGCGCUGAUAACAUUCUAUCGCGGUCAGAGAUUGUGGCCCUGAUCAACACCUUCAACCGCUUUUCCGAGAGUAUCUCUGCAAUCGAUCGCUUUGGAGCCAUGUAUCAGAGUAGACUAGAACAGGAGCUUGCAGCGAAUUCGGAAAGUUUGGGAGGAAAAUCCUUUAUUAAGGCUCCUACCAAGGAAGAAGAUGAUCGAGAUGCAAUCGUAUACAAAGUAUUGCUUACUAAAAUUCGGCGUGGCGUCACUAAAGCAUACAGAAAUCUGGAUUCUUUCCUUGAGAGCAGGAACAUCACGCAACACCGGACAGCUUUGAGAAAGGCAACUCCUUUAAUUUCAUAGUGGAUGCUAGCAAGCAAGCACUCAUUCAAUUAGAACUUCCUAUAAUGAUACAGCAUGCAUUACCUUCCUUGGACUACUCCCCUCUUGCAUACUCAAAAGAACUGUCCUGGAUAGGAAGCCAGAUGAAUAGAGCAACAUUAAUAAUAAAUAACAUACUCGACCUAUAUCCGACUUUAGGAUCAAUAUC